AUGGACGACUUACAAGUUGAAUCUACCGCAGCACCUACCAAUACUACAACACAUCCAUAUAAUGUGGUUACUAAUGAAAAUUUAAAUGAAGUGUUUCAUGUCAUCAUUGGCAUGAUCGUUUUCUUUAUGCAAGCAGGAUUUGCAUUUCUAGAAGCUGGUUCAAUUCGAUCGAAGAAUACCACCAAUAUUUUAGUCAAGAAUUUAAUGGAUGUUUUUAUCGGUGCUGUGUCCUUUUGGGCUAUUGGCUAUGCUUUAGCAUUCGGUAAAGGAACUCCAUUUUUUGGUACCGAAUAUUUUUUUUUAAUUGGCCUACCAUUGACUGGAUAUUCUUAUUGGUGGUAUCAUUAUGUAUAUGCUGCUACUGCAUCAACAAUUGUGAGUGGUGCUGUGGCAGAAAGAACAGCUUUCGGUGGCUACUUGAUAUAUUCUUCGAUCAUCACUGCUUUCAUCUAUCCAAUUGUGGUCCAUUGGGCUUGGGAUCCUCAAGGAUGGUUGCUAUAUGGCGUAGGGAAGGAUUUUGCUGGUAGUAGUGUCGUUCAUUGCGUCGGUGGUGUAACAUCAUUAACGGGAGCCUUCAUCUUAGGACCUCGAAUUGGCCGAUUUGAUGAAAAUGGCAAGCCCAAGACGAUACCUGGCCACACCGUUCCGCUUGUUGCCCUUGGUGGAUUUAUUCUUAUUUUUGGAUUAUUUGGCUUCAAUGUUGGUUCUCAAUUCCGUGUUACUUUCUACGGUGGUGGCCCAGUUGCUGCUUUAAUUGCUGUCAAUACCGCUAUGGCUUGCUCCGGUGGUGGUUUAACUGCCUUAUUGAUCAAACGAUUACACCCAAAGAUAGGUGGUAAUAGCUGGAGUUUAUUAGUGUGUUUGAAUGGCAGCCUUGCUGGAAUAGUAUCCAUCUGUGCAUCAUGUAAUGCGGUUUAUCCUUGGGCAGCUUUACUAAUUGGUGCUAUAGCUGCUACUGCUUAUGUAUGCUGGAGUGAGAUAUUUCUGAGAUGCAAAAUCGAUGAUCCAUUAGAUGCUGCAGCCGUGCAUAUGGGUGCUGGUAUAUGGGGUGUUAUUGCUCAGCCUAUCUUUAACUUUAAAACUAGCAUAUUUUAUACUGGAUUUACUGCUUUAUCGUGGGCUCGAUUUGGUUGGAACUUAUUAGGAUUAGGUUGUAUUAUUUUGUGGACUGGAUUGACAUCUGGUUUAAUGUUUUACCUACUUAAUAAAUUUGGAAUGUUCAGAGUAUCGGAAGAAAUUGAAUUGAAAGGCUUAGAUUUGCCAAUUCAUGGUGAACCUGCAUAUCCUAGAGCUGCUUAUGGUUCAGGUUGGGGCAUGGAUGAUGAUUACGACGUUGAAGAAUCUAUCAUAUUGUUAAAACAGCGUAAAACAUCAGUGCCAGAGCAGGACCAAGAGGAGAAGGAAUAA